UUCACCAAUUUCCCGGAGUACUAGUCUUAUGCGGAUAUGUGGAGAACGUUCUUACAAUAUGGGAGGGUGUUUGAUAUUUACAGCCCGAAUAGGAGAAGUAGGAACGGAACCAGAUUCGGGUUCGUGAGGUUUUUGGAAGUCAAGGACAGAAAGGAGUUGGAACGGCAACUGGAUCAGAUCUGGGUUAAUGACAUGAAGUUAUGGGUUAACAGGCCGAGGUACGAUGUUGAAAAGAUCAAAAGCAAGGAGAAAAGAACUAGCGGGGAAGGAACUUCUCAGUGGCAAGCUCAUAAAUAUGAUGAGGCCAUGGAAGGAAAAAUCAGAGGAGAAAGGAUGCCUCAGAAGCAAAACAGAAGUUAUGCUGAGGUGGUGAAAGAAAACCAGAGGGAAAGAUCUUUUGAAGAAGAUAACAUUCAAAUUCAGUCAUCUCAGGAAAGAAGUAAUAGCAGAUUGAGGUUCGGACUUCACAAUAGGGAGCCAAGGAAAAGAUGGCAGGAGAAAGGAAGGAGAGAAGACUGGGUUGGGAUGGAAUAUAAUAUCAAACCUGAAGAAUAUUCAUGGCUCAAAGGGUGUUAUGUGGGCACAGUGCACUCAAUAGAUAUGGUCCGCAAUUUACAAGAGAAAUUUUACAUGGAAGGGUAUUUUUCUUGUAAAAUUUGUGCGAUGGGAGGAAGAUUAGUCUUAUUGGACUGUGAGGACAAGGAGGAACUUAAGGAUCUGGUGGAGAUGGCAGCAGAUUGGCUAGGGCAAUGGUUCGAAAAAGUGCAGCCUUGGACACCAGAAACGGUUGCUAAUGAGAGAUUUGUAUGGGUGAGAUGUCAAGGGGCACCGUUGAACGUUUGGGGAGCUGAUUUCUUUCAAAAAAUGGGCAGUUCGUGGGGGAAAUUUAUUUGCUUGGAUGACAGUACAAGUAAAAAGAAGAGAUUUGACAUUGCUAGAUUUUUAAUAUCCACCCCGAUUACAAACUCAAUAUCAGUCUUGAGGCAAAUCAAGAUUAAUGGGAUCAUUUACAGCAUUAAAUUCACCGAGGAAGAAUUCACUAAUAGUUUUUUUUCUUUGAAGCAAGACUUUAUGCCUUCUUUCCAAAGUGAUUCAGAGGAUCAGGAGGUGUGGUCAACUGAGAGUGAAAUGGAAGAGCAGAAGUCCGAAAAUGCAGGGGAGAAGGUGCAGGAUGAAGCCGAAGGUUGCCAGGAAGAAGAUGAUGACGUGGUGAGAAGCGUUGGGGAAAGAGAGAGAACGGCUCAAUGCAUAGAAAGUAAGGAAAUUCAGAAGUCAGCGGAAUUGGUGGAAGACAGCCUGGAACAAUUUCAAAAUUUGAAAAUAGUGGGAAGUAACGGAGGGGCAGAAACGGAGUUCAAAAAUCAGGGGAAGCUGUCAUCAUCAACGGGCUACGAAGGGAAGAUUGGGGCGGGUUUGGACUCAAAAAAAAGUGAUCCAGCAUGCAUGAAACCCACGAGACAGGGAGAAAGCCUAGAGUGUGUGGAGUCUACCAAUAUGGGCUUGGCCCAAGGAAGCUUGGGGGUAAUUAAAUCAAAAUCAAAGGGUAUUAUGGAUUUUUCCAGAGUUAAAGACUCUGCAGAGGAUAAUACCGAAGAAGGUGCAGAUCUGAUCUGGGAAGGUUAUGAGAGCGAAAAUGGAAGCAUGCAGAGAGGGAUGAGUAAGCUAAGCGAAGGAAUCACCAAAAGGAAGGGGCACCGGGUUAGAAACUGCAGUUCGGUCUAUUUAAAUACAGAUGAAAUGGACAGGGGAAGAGGGAGAAGCCGAGGCCGAGGAAGGGGAAAGCAGAACGGAAUGCCAAGGGGGAGGAGUUCAAUACCAGAAUUUGUGCCGAGCCCCAAUGGAAAAGUUGCAGGAGAAUCUGUAGGCGAUUCCGAAAUCCAUCAUUGCAACAAGGCUCUAAAGAAGAAGAUGCAGAUCAGAUUUGCGAAUGAGAUAUGGGAGCUGGCAAAGCAAUUGGGGGCAACGACGGAGGAUGAGGAGGAGAUAAUCCGGAGGAUUGAAGAGAUGGAGAACAGAGAUAGACAAGGAAAAGGGAGCGCGGGAAUCCAAGGGGAAAUUGGUAGCAAGAAGAGAACAAAAAAAGUCCUGAAGGAGUGGAGUGCUAAGGCGGUGACGGAGAUGGACAGUAGAAUAAAGGAUGCUGAAAACAUGAUAGCCGAGAUAGAUGAGAAAGGAGAGAUCAAUCAGCUAGCCACAGAUGAGAUUGAAUUGAGGAGAAAUAGCUUUCUUGAUUUAUGGAAGAAUUUAAGAGUCAAGGAGAGGAUGGCGCAACAAAAAUCAAGGAAGAUGUGGCUAAAAGAAGGAGAUGCGAAUACAAGAUUCUUUCACAACUGCAUCCAAGGAAGGUGGAGAAGAAGUGAAAUUAAUUCUAUUCAGAUAGAUGGUGAACAGCUCACGGGAGUGACAAAAAUUAAAGAAGGGGUGGCUAGGUACUUCCAAUCACUGUUCACAGAAGAAAGAUGGAAGAGACCAAAGUUAGAUGGGGUUAGUUUCAAGCAAAUAUCACAAGAGGAUAAUGAGCUUCUCAUGAAAGUAUUCUCAGAGGAGGAAAUAAAAGAAGCAAUAUGGGAUUGUGACUCUUCCAAAUCUCCAGGCCCAGAUGGAUUCAAUUUUAGAUUCAUUAAGGAAAUGUGGGAAGUUAUAAAACCGGAGGUAAUUGCUUUCAUUCACGACUUUCACAAUCAUGGUAGAAUUGUCCGUGGAGCCAAUGCAUCCUUCGUCGUGUUAAUUCCAAAAACAGAAAACCCUCAGAGAAUUGAAGAGUAUAGACCCAUCUCUCUUAUAGGGGUCAUGUACAAGAUCAUAGCAAAGCUGUUAGCGAACAGGCUGCGAAAGGUGCUACCCAAAGUCAUCGGGGAGCAGCAGAUGGCAUUUAUUGGGGGUAGACAAUUGGUAGAUGGGGUUAUCAUUGCAAACGAAGUGAUAGAUGAGGUUAAAAGGAAGAAGAAGAAGUGCUUCAUUUUUAAAGUAGACUUUGAGAAAGCCUAUGAUAAAGUAUGUUGGGAAUUUCUGGAAUACAUGAUGAUGCGGCUGGGAUUUAAUGAAAAAUGGAGGAGAUGGAUACUGGAGUGCCUAAAGUCAAGUUCGGUUUCUGUUCUUGUAAACGGUAGUCCAACAAGUCAAUUCUCGGUUAGCAAAGGCAUUCGACAAGGUGACCCGUUAUCGCCAUUUCUUUUCUUGAUAAUGGCAGAAGGGUUGAAUGGCCUAGUGACAUCGGCAGUGGAAAAAGGAAUAUACAAAGGAGUGAGGGUAGGGAAUGAAGGUGUCAUGGUGUCACAUCUACAAUUCGCGGAUGACACGGUAUUCUUUGGGGAGGCAUCGGAAGAUAACAUAAGAGUGGUGAAGACUAUUAUGAGGAUCUUCGAGCUGGCUUCAGGACUUAAGAUCAAUUUCGGGAAAAGCCAUUUGAUGGGGGUGGGAGUAGCAGAGAGUUGGCAAACAGAAAUGGCAUAUAGAUUGCACUGUAAAGAAGGGGAACUCCCAUUUAAAUACCUGGGAAUCCCAAUAGGGGGGAACAACAGAAGGAAAUCAAUGUGGCAACCGAUGAUACAAUCAGUAGAGAGGAAGCUAGCUAGCUGGAAGGGCAGAUACCUUUCUAUGGGAGGCCGUAUCACGCUCAUCAAUUCAGUGUUGUCUUCUUUGCCCGUGUUCCUAAUGUCAGCCUACCUAAUCCCAAAAGGUACACUCCUCUCAAUAGAUAAAAUACGUAGACGUUUUUUAUGGGGCGGGGGGGCAGAGGAGAGGAAAAUAAAUUGGGUAAGUUGGGGGGAUGUAUGUAAAAGAAAAGAUGAGGGAGGGCUGGGAGUGAGAGAUUUGAGGAAGUUUAAUUUGGCGUUGAUGGGGAAGUGGUGGGGACGGUUAGCAAGAGUUGAUGAAGGACUAUGGAUGAAAAUAAUAUCAGCGAAAUAUGGCAAGGGUGGGAAGCAUUGGAUGGAUUGGAUUAAAGAGAACAACGAAGGGGGUUCCUUAUGGUGGAGAGAUGUGUGCUGUCUAGAUAGAGUGAAUGAGGAGAAUGUAGGAUGGCUGUCGGAGGGUUUUAGAAUGAAAAUUGGGGAUGGAAUUGCAACAAGUUUUUGGUGGGAUGAUUGGGGAGGGGAGGGAUGCCUUGCUAACAAAUUUCCUAGGUUGUAUAGUCUGUCAACAGGGAAGGAGAAAACAUGCAAUCAAAUGGGCAACCUAAGGAGUGGAUCGUGGGAAUGGAAGUUAUCAUGGAGGAGAAAUCUUUUCGAAUGGGAAGCUGAAGAGGUCGCUGAUCUAGAAAGAAUGAUAGAGGGCGUUAAGAUUACUCAAGGCUGGCCUGACAAGUGGGAAUGGAUUCACGAAAAGGAGGGGCAAUACUCAUCAAAAUCAGCAUACCACCUUUUACGAACUGAUCAAAGAGGACAUAACGGAUCUUCAAUUUUCAAAAGAACAUGGAACACAAUUCUCCCGUCCAAAGUAUCAGCAUUCAACUGGCAACUAUUGUUGGAUAGAAUUCCAACCAAGGUGAAUUUGUUGAAAAGAGGGAUUAUUAAAGACUUGGAGGAGAGCAAGUGUGUUAUAUGUAAAGAACAAGAAGAGGAUUCAGCACAUCUAUUCUUAAGGUGCAAGCUGACUCGAUGGCUGUGGGUGGCAUGCGCCAAAUGGUGGGGGGCUGAGGCUAAACUCGACAUCGACAUUUCAAAGACAUUUGAUAAAUUUGGAGAUUGGAGCAAAGAGGAAAAAACAAGACAAGGAUGGGACUGCAUAUGGAGUACGGUUGUGUGGACUGUGUGGCUUGCUCGCAAUCAGAAACUUUUCCAGCACAAAGAGAUAAAUGCGGGGAAGCUAUUUGAAUUAAUUCAAUUGAGAUCUUUCACAUGGUUUAAAGCAAAAAAUGACAGGUACGUAUUCAGCCUUUCAGAUUGGAUGGUGAACCCGACAGAAUGCCUUAGAGGGCACAAUGCUGGACGAACGAAAAAGAAAUUGAGACUGAUGGGUUAAUUUGCUGCAUGAACAUUACCUAGUUGGAGGUAUGAAUUGAUGAAUAGUGGGGUUCACAAAGAUUAUAUUGAGCAAUUAUUGACUGUAGUAGAUUCAGCCAUAGUCAAUGCAUGAUCAAUAUCUCGUGGGCCUGAUGGGGUAUAGCGUGUGAGGGUUUGUUGAUCUGUACAGGGGGAUAUGUUGAAAAGGCAAAAGAUGGCAGAUUCCUCGUUACGGACAUAGUGUCGACACUUUCUCUUGGGUGUCGACACUGUAUAUAAUGUUUUUAUGUUUUUGUUUUUAUGGGUUUGGAGUACCCCUUGUAUUCCGCUUAAUAAUAAAUAUCAUUUUUGCUG